CGCCGUCCAUCGCUUCCGCAUUGACUGCAGUUCUGUCAAUGCGGGAGAAUGAAUAACUCUAAAUGUGCCAUUACCCACAAACGACGGAGACCACAACGCAUCAUACAAUGUAUAUACGUGGUGGGAUUCAUGGAUCUCUUUGGGGUCAGUAUGAUUAUCCCUUUGCUGAGUCAUCAUGUGAAGUCUUUGGGAGCAAGUCCUACAGUAGCUGGGAUUGUAGGAUCUACAUAUGGAGUAUUACAACUCUUCUCUAGCACUGUUGUGGGAAGUUGGAGUGAUGUGGUUGGGAGGCGCUAUUCACUACUGACGUGCCUUUUCAUCAGUGCCUUUGGAUAUGGCCUGCUGGGUAUGUCCACUAGUAUUGCGCUCUUUGUUCUGGCCAGGAUACCAGUGGGGCUUUUUAAACACUCCCUGUCUAUCUGCCGAGCGAUCCUGUCAGAUCUUGUGUCGGAGAAAGAACGGCCUCUAGUGAUGGGUCACUUUAAUGCAGCCUCAAGUGUGGGAUUCAUCCUGGGACCAGUGGUGGGUGGAUAUCUCACUGAACAUGAGGGGGGGUUUUACUUAUCCUCAUUCGUCUGUGCAGCUAUUUUCUUUCUAAAUGCAGGUUUGGUCUGGAUGUUACCGUGGAGCGAGACAAUAAACCACCGUAUCGAUGCAAAUGCUAAUAGUAAAACCAAAACCAGCAAAACCUAUGAUGGGUUAAAGAACUCAGUCCAGCAGAACUGCUCAGACAAAAACUACAUUCGGCAUCCUAAUGCACCAGCAGUCCAUAGUCGAGCAAAUGGAGGAUGGGGUUGGCGGGACAUCUUCCAGUCUGCCUGGAGACAGCUAACCUCAGUGUGGAUGCGGAUCUGCAUGGUGGCGUCCUCGGAUUUGUUGGACGUGUUCCUGGUGCGGCUUCUAAUGGCUGUAUCUAUAAUGCUGUACUAUAGUAACUUCUCCUUAGCCAUGGAGGAGCGUUUUCAGCUCAAACCAAAGAUGACAGGAUAUUUGAUCAGCUACAGCAGUAUGUUGGGAGCCCUUGCUGGCUGCUUGGUGGGACCCGUAACAAACCUCUAUGACAACAACAUGUCUGCUUUAUUGUUGCACUCUACAGCGCUCACCUGCACGUUGAUCUUCCUGUAUGCCACGGCACCCAAUGUCUGGCAGGUCCUGCUGACCUCCACGUUCUUUGCAAUCUCUACCACUAUCGGCCGCACUUGCAUCACCGACUUGGAGCUGCAGCGUGGGGGAGCCCAAGCUAGUGGGACUUUAAUCGGAGCGGGACAGUCAGUCACAGCUGUGGGACGGGUCCUCGCACCACUGCUGUCUGGUCUGGCUCAAGAAUUCAGCCCCUGUGGACCACCUAGUUUGGGGGUUGUGCUGGGUCUGCUAGCUGUGGGCUUGCUACUCGUGAGGACUCCUAAGUGGGAAAGUAAGACAAAGGUUAAAGACAAGAGUCCCAAACAAUGACGUGUAAACCACUUAAAGCGAAGGAAAGAUAAAGGACUGUGAUGGCAGCUGUCUUUUUUCCUCUCAGGUAAUGUGAUUGUGGGAGUUCUGAUCUGUAUCCCACCCAUAGAAUAUCAGGACGUCAAUGUGAGAGACGGCCGUCAGUAAGGCUGCCUCCUGUGCAGCCAUGCUGAAAGAGAGCAACUGCCUGUACAAAUGCAGACAGAGUCUGAUGCAAUGUCUAAAAAGAUGAAUGUUUAUAACAGAACAUUUUGCUGGUAAACAGUCCAACAACAAUGGUCAAAUAAUGGCGUGAUGGUACACGUUACGUGCUUCAGACAUUUGUCACAAUGAAGGUGUUCCCAUUCCCAUAGCGACAGCUAUCACAGCAUUGGUGUGAACCUAUAUGGGGAACCAAUGAUAUUCUGUUUCAAAACAUCAGAAGUGGGACAUUCAUCAUUGAAAAACCGUUAUCUGUGUUCCCUGGCAGAAUUUAACAGUAAAAGUCAGAUAAACAAAUGAAAGGUAAGGCUUGUAUGCUACCCAAAAAAAAAAAAAAAAAAAAAAUCAAUUUAGCAUUUUAGGAGGGAUAAACUUUACUACAUGAUUGAGUUUUAUGGAAGUAAAUAAUGCCAAAUGUUUUUACAAACAAAUUAGCCUGUUGAAUUGCACUACUUGAAAACUUGCAUUAACCAUGCUUGUAUUUUCAUGAUCUGAAAUUCAGCAUGGUUGAAUAUUUAAGCGGUGAAUAAUGUUUUUCAAAUUUAUUUAAAACACAUUUUCAUUAUUAGAAAUUCAAUAAUCCAUAUUCACCUUUCAUUUUUCACUUCCAAAAUAUUUCAAACUGUUUAAAAAAUAUUUUUCGGGCCAUUUUAUUUCGCUUUGCAAAUUCGCUUCCACAAAUUCAGUGGUUCAAAUUCGACAAAUUUGACAAAAUUGAGGAAAAUCAGUAGAUUACUGAGCAUAAUCCCUAUAGCCUACUCGAACAUUCAAUGGCAAUAAAACAUAUUAUACACAAAUGCACUUAAAUAGCUGUAAAAGAGUUUUUUUGAAUGAAUGGCUUGCUCUGGUCUUUGUCAACAUCACACUUUUUCACCCCCUGCUGGUGAGACUGACUAACAGCAGUUGGUGAUUAUGCUCGGUAAUCUACUGCUUUUCCUGCAGUUCCUGGAUGUCAAGUUGAAUUAAUUGUUGAAUUUGAACCACUGAAUUUGUGGAAGUGAAUUUGCAAAGCGAAAUAAAAUGGACCGAAAAUUGCCUGUUGAAUUUUUAAUAGGUUGUAUUUUUAAACAGUUUGAAUAUUUUGGAAGUGAAAAAUGAAAGGUGAAGAUGGAUUAUUUAUUUUUUUAAUAAUGAAAAUGUUUUAAAUGUAUUGAAUUGAAGUAUUCACAGCUUAAAUAUUCAACCAUGCUGAAUUUUAGCUCAUGAAAAUGCAUUUUUUUAAUGCAUUUUUUUAUGCAAGUAGUGCAAUUCAACAAGCUAAUUUGUUUGUAAAAACAUUUGCCAUUAUUUCACUUCCAUAGAGUUUUACCUCACUGUGGCAUACUUGUUUAACCACUAUUUAUCAUUGGUGCACUUCAGAAUAUGCACUUCCUUCUGUAGUUCUCCAAAGGCUAGCAAUAAUGUUUUCCAUAAAACUAUACAAAAAACUAAACACUAGAUCACACACACACACACACACACACACACACACACACACACUACUGUUCAAAAGUUUGGCGUCAAUAAAAGUUUUUUGUUUGUUGUUUAAUAAUAUUUUUCAGAAAGGAUGCACUAUAUUUAUCUAAAGUGACAGUGAAUAUAUUUACAAAAAAAAAAUCAUAAAUGCAAUAUUAAAAUAAAAAAGUUAUUUUAAAUAUCUUGUAUUGAUAUUUCACACUAUUACUGUUUUUACUGGAUGCUUGAUCAAAUAAAUGCUACCAUUGUGAGCAUGAGACUUCUUUCUCAAAAGAAAAAAAAAAAGUGUCAUCCCCAAACUUUAGAAUGGUAGUGCAUGUGUGUUAAUCACUGUUUUGUUUUGAUUUUUAUCAUCUGAAUUUAUGUUUUACAAUUACUUAUUACAAUAAUUUUAUGUCAGGAAUUGUGUUCACACCUGAGCAUAACACAAUACACAAAGUUCCACUUUCAUGGAUCAAUAAAUUGUUUUAUUACACAUAUUUAUAUUUAUCUGUGCCUAAAAAUGUAAUUAACUUAAAUCUCAUUGAAUAGCAAUAUUUAAGUUCUGAAAGCUAACGUUCAAUUCAGUGAAUUACAAAAAAAUAAUUAUAAAAAAAACUUGUAAAUGAAAAUGACAAUGCACUCAACAAAUACACUGGUUUUAAGACCUAAAACUCACAAUUAUCUCACAAUUAUGAUGGCUUUAGUGUUGUAGAAAGCUUUUAUGUAAAUUGUCACAUAGGAAUAUAUUAUGAUUGUGUUUAACAUGGAGUAAAUUCUUCCCUUUCUCUCUA